AUGCACUUCCCGUCGCCGCGCGCGCACGCCAUGGCCGCGCCGGCCGUCGCCCGCCCUCGCCUCGUCCCCGUGGCCCACCCCGCCUCGACCUCUUGCCUGCUGGUCCUCCGGGGCCGAGGGCGUGGGCACGGCCGCGCGGUUGCGGCGGUGAGGGCGCGCGAGCAAGGCGCCGCGCCGCCCGACCCGGCGGCCUUCCUGCGGCGGCCGGAGGUAGCGACGGUGACGUCGACGGAGGAGGAGAGGGAGACCGAUGCGGAGUCCUCGUUUGAUGGCCCGGGGGAGGACGAGCCGCCCGAAGAGGAAGGGGUUCAGGGGAGGAGGAAGGCGACGGAGAGGGAGUGGGUGGACUGGGAGGAUCUUAUCCUCGAGGACACCGUGCCUCUCGUUGGCUUCGUACGGAUGAUCCUCCACUCCGGCAAAUAUGAAAGUGGCGGUCGGCUGAGUCCUGAACAUGAGAAGGCGAUUUUGGAACGUUUGCUUCCAUACCAUCCAGAAUAUGAUAAGAAAAUUGGAUGCGGUAUUGACUACAUCACGGUAGGAUUACAUCCAGAAUUCGAAAACUCAAGGUGUUUAUUCAUAGUUAGGAAGGAUGGUGAGCAAGUUGAUUUUUCAUUCUGGAAGUGCGUCAAAGGUCUCAUCCGACAAAAGUACCCCAUGUAUGCGGACAGUUUCAUUCUCAGGCAUUUCCGCAGGAGACAAGAUUACUGA